UCUCUGUGUGACCAGAGCUCAGCAUCUCUCUUGUCAGCGGCACUUUAGCGCCAGACAAGUAGGGACGUUUUCUCCCUCCACUCUCUUGAGGAAGAGACAAGCUCCGGGAUUUACCGAGAUCCAUCAUUCGAAGACGAGUCAUCCGUUCUUCUUUUCCUCUUAACUCGAAUUUUGCAAAGAUGAACGUAGGCUGCGCCAUCCUGGCGUGCACCUUAUUCGCGGGAGCGUCCUGGGGGAGUAAGAUGGGCCUGUCCAUGAAACCUCCAUGCAGAUCAGGCUUCUCCCAGAACUUCUACACAGUGAUUGUCCCCAGAGUUGUACUGCAUGGUCAGAACCUUCUCAAAGUGAAGUUUGACGACUGCCAGCGCAGCAAAGAGGUGGGCUUUGUUAGUAGCGACCCCAACUUCAGCGUGAGGCCUGAUGGGACAGUGUAUGCCGAGCAGGAGUUUUCCAACCUAUCAGAACCCAUCCAGUUCAUGGUGACGGCCCGAGAGCUCUUUGACCCUCACAUCUGGGAGACCACUGUUAAGCUGGCACCAGCUGGACACCCCCACCCUUUACCCCUGACAAAGGUUGGCAUUGAAGAAAUGCUAUCAAGAGUGUGGGACUCCCAACCCAGAGUCAUCAAGUUUGCCCGCAAACAUCAGAGAAGUUCCUACGCUAAUGGAUUGAGACGACAGAAGAGGGACUGGGUCAUCCCACCCAUCAAUGUUCCUGAGAAUUCCAGAGGACCAUUCCCACAUAUGCUUGUCAGAAUUCGCUCAGACCAGGACAAGGAUGUCGGCAUCCGCUACAGCAUCACUGGGGCAGGCGCGGAUCAGCCCCCCAGCGGCAUCUAUAAUAUUGACCCUAUCAGCGGCAACAUGUUCGUCACCCAACCCUUGGACAGAGAAGAGAGAGCCUCCUUCCAUUUGCGAGCCCAUGCGGUGGACAUGAAUGGCAACCAGGUGGAGAAUCCAAUAGAUUUGUACAUCUACGUGAUUGACAUGAACGACAACCGACCAGAGUUUAGGAAUCAGGUGUACAACGGCUCUGUGGCUGAAGGAUCCAAGCCAGGCUCAUCUGUUAUGCAAGUGACAGCCAGUGACUCAGACGACUCCACCACAGCUAACGGCAUGGUUCGCUACCGCAUCCUCUCACAGACACCCCACAGCCCAAUCCCCAACAUGUUCACCAUCAACAGUGAGACUGGAGACAUAGUAACAGUUGCAGCUGGCCUGGACAGAGAGAAAGUCUCCCAGUACACCAUUAUUGUCCAGGCAACAGAUAUGGAGGGAAACUUGAACUUUGGCUUGUCCAACACAGCCACUGCCCUAAUCUCCAUUACGGACAUCAAUGAUAAUCCCCCGGAACUGACAGUCAGGACGUUUUCUGGGGAGGUGCCGGAGAACAAGGUGAACGUAGUGGUGGCCAACCUGACAGUGGUGGACAGAGACCAGCCUCACAGUCCCAACUGGAACGCGGUGUACCGCAUCGUCAGUGGAGACCCCUCCGGACAUUUCACCAUCCGUACCAAUCCUGUCACUAAUGAGGGCAUGCUGACUGUAAUAAAGCCCGUGGACUUCGAGAUGAACCGGGCCUUCAUGCUGACCGUGGUUGUUUCCAACCAAGCCCACCUGGCCAGUGGCAUCCAGUCAUCACUUCAGUCCACAGCUGGGGUCACCAUCUCAGUUCAGGAUGUGAACGAGCCCCCUGUCUUUCCUGUUAACCCCAAGAUGAUCCGUUUCGAGGAAGGUGUUCCGGCAGGGACCACCCUCACUGUGUUUUCUGCACAGGACCCGGACCACUUCGUCCAUCAGAUUGUCAGGUACUCCAAGCUAUCAGAUCCAGCUAACUGGCUGAAGAUCAACAGGACCAAUGGUCAGAUCACUACAAUGGCCCUGCUUGACAGAGAGUCCAUGUACGUCAAAAACAACAUAUAUGAGGCCACAUUUCUGGCCUUCGACAAUGGUAAGUCUGGUUCGCCUCAAGCCAGCGGGACAGGAACGCUCCAGAUCUACCUGAAUGAUGUGAACGACAACCCACCAGUACUUAUACCACAGGAGGCCCAAGUGUGUCAACGGGCACGCUCCAAUUCUAGGAUAAAUAUCACCGCUUCGGACGCCGACUCCGACCCCAACGUCGGGCCGUUUGGGUUUGACCUGCCAUCAUUUCCUCCCAGUGUGCGCCAUAACUGGACCAUUACCAGACUCAGCGGUGACCACGCUCAGCUCAGGCUGAGGAUUCCUUACUUGGAGGCUGGUGUGUACGAGAUUCCCAUCACUGUGUCUGAUUCUGGGAACCCUCAACUGUCCAACCGCUCCAUGAUCAGAAUCAAAGUGUGUCCCUGUGACAACAACGGGGACUGCAGCGCCACGGGGGCUGUGGCGGCGGCCGGCCUCGGCACGGGGGCCAUCAUUGCCAUACUCAUCUGUAUCAUUGUACUACUCAGCAUGGUGCUACUGUUUGUGGUGUGGAUGAAGCGCAGGGAGAAGGAAAAGCAGGCAAAGCCACUGCUGAUCGACCCUGAAGAUGACGUCAGGGACAAUAUUCUCAAAUACGACGAGGAAGGGGGAGGAGAGGAAGAUCAGGACUACGACCUGAGCCAGCUCCAGCAACCAGAGUCUUUGGACCACAUCAUCAAUAAACCAACAGGAGUACGCAGGGUGGAUGAGAGGCCUGUCAUCCCUGAGUCACAGUAUCCUGUCAGACCCAGUCUGCCCCACCCUGGAGAUAUAGGAGACUUCAUUCAUGAUGGUCUUCGGGCGGCGGACAACGACCCCACAGCUCCCCCUUAUGAUUCCCUGCUGGUGUUCGACUACGAGGGCAACGGUUCAACCGCCGGUUCAGUCAGCUCACUCAACUCCACCAGCUCGGGGGACCAGGACUAUGACUACCUCAACGACUGGGGCCCUCGCUUCAAGAAGCUGGCUGACCUCUAUGGAGGAGGGGACGAUGACUGAGAGCUGAGGUGGGGCAGGGGAGGGUGUGGGGUCUUUGGGGCAGUGCCAAGGGUCAGGAGAGGAGGGUCUUGAAUGGGUGCCCCUGGAAAAGCAUGGGUCGGAGCCAGGAACAUGACCCAGGCUCCUUAUGUCAGGAGUGGACCCUCGCAUGGGCUGCAUUUGCUCACUGGAAGUCUGGAAACAUCAAUUCCACUGCAACUGUGUUCUGGCUUUAUACUCUUCAAUGGCAAAUUUGUAGGGUAAUGUUUUUAUGUUGUUCUCUCACCGUGCUGGACCCCAUGCUGCCUGGGGACAAAUCAAGGCGGUAGUGAGAGGCACACUUAUUGAACUUAUGCUUUUAAUGAUUGUUGAAAAAACAAAAUACAAUCUGUUGCUUUAGUCUCACACUGAAGAGAAUGUUUCUGGGAAGAUGCCCUCUGACUCUUACUCUCUCAACUUGAAUUUCCUUAGAACAGAAGCACUGUCAUUUUAUAAAGUGCCUUUUGUGGUGUGUUUUUUGUAUCAGACUCCUGCUAUCUCAGGAUCGGUUGCCAUUCAUGCAGUACAGGGAAGGUCCUAUCUUAUCAUUGCCUCCCCUUCGCCCCUCAAACCAAUCUUGCCUGUCAAUCUCCUUUUCCCUUCACGGCGGUCCAGGAGAGAGGGGCACAACCAGGGCACACUUAUAACUCUCAUGUGAGAUACGACCCUAAAUUAUCCGAUAAAGAGUUGGACACACUUCUUCUCCACAAACUUGUUAAGCUCCGCCAACACGAAUAUCACCUGUCCACGCAAAUACCGCUAUUAGCGGACAUCGCGUGACGCCAUUUUUCUAGUUGUUUGGGAUUUGUAAAUUAGUGGAGAACGCCUGCCUUUCCUCUGUAGACUCAUGAAUUUAGGAGCCUUGAUGUUGAGAUGCUUGCCUGCCCUGUUUGGUUUCGUGUUGCUUUCUCCACAGUGUAAAGCUUAAAUAUAGGCAUGAUCUGACGAAAGCGGGGACCUGAAAUGACUCGGAAUCAAGGCCUCCUGAAACAUUAUUGACACCAUUAACAUUCCCGUUUUUUACAGGCCAACAAACACGAUUAAGGUGCAUGAUUUUUAUUUUUCCUCCAAAUUGUUUUCUUCAAAGCACUUGUUAGUAUGUGGUGAGAAUGUGAAAGUAGUCAACAGAAACUGUAUGAAUAUACUCUGUAUAAAGACACUGAGAAAAUAAAAAUACUGUAACAUACCUAUUUUGGAUGUAUUGCUGACAUUACGUUUUUCCUUUGCUCUUGAAGACUUCGGGCAAAGGUUCAUUUCUUCUUAUGUGACUUUGUUUUCUGUUAACUAUACAGUAUAAUACAAUUUCAAAUGCUUGCUUACAGAGUCUUUAGUCUCUUAUAUUUUCCAUUUUUUGCACACUUAAAAAAGAAAAAGGUACUCCUUUUAUACACAAACACAAAUCCCCCCCCCUUUCACGAGUUAUUGUCUGAAGUACAUAUUCCGCCCACUGGUCUCAAGCCUGGGACAAAAAAAGAUACACAACCCAUGUCUGCAGGUCAUUGUUCUAUCAUUCAUUCAGAUAUUGGAUGUGUGCAUUAGAAAAUAAAGAAGACAUGUUUUUAAAUUGUGUAUUAAAUCAUUUUGGAAUAUUGCUGUCCUGCAUCAUUUCUAUGGUAAAUAAUGCACCCUUUUAUGUGCCCUGGGCCAUCAGAUGUGGUUAUUAAAAGUGUGGCGCAACCUCCAAAUUUGCUUUUGGACAUCCAUUUCUUCUAAGCAAUGUUAUGUCACAAGAGAAAUA